AACAGACACACAAACAAAAAUGUAUAUAUUUUUUUUGCGAUUGGGUCAAAGGAAAAAUCGAAUUAUAAUUACAUUCUAAAAAAAGCCUAUUCAACUAUAACAAACAUGUACGAAUUCAAAUCCUGAUCACAUGAGUGUCCUUGACGCAUGCGUGGUGUAGCGGUUUCGGGGAUGAUGAUGAUGAAGAUGCCCACUGACAUCAAAAUAGAGCUAACGAUCUUCCAACGUGUCUAGGCUAGUGUAGCACCUAGAGCUUUUAUUAUCGCUGUUUGCUAAGUUGUUGCUUUUUAUUUUUUUACCAUAGCCACACCUUGUGGUCUCGCACAAGUAGUCCAAUAAUGUCUGUGGCAAAUGCUAAACACACUGUACUGAAUCCGGUGAUCCCGUACACCGGAUCCAUACCUGGUGGGCUGCACACCGGGGAGAUCAUCAUCGUCCAGGGCACCGUCCCGCCAGACGCUGACAGGUUCCACAUCGAUCUGUCAAGCGGAUGCAGUACUAAGCCAUGCUCCGACAUCGCCAUGCGAUUUAACGCCUGCUUCGAGGGCACACCUAGCGUCACCUGCAACUCCCUCACGCAGGAGCGCUGGGGCCAGGAACAGACGCUCCAGCAGCUCCCCUACAAACAGGGAGCGCCCUUCGAGACCAUCAUACUAGUGCACGAAGACGUCUUCAAGGUGGCAGUGAAUGGCACACACUUGCUGGAAUACAAGCACAGAAUUCCUCUGGACAGGGUCGAUACAUUUUCCCUUUCUGGGAAAGUGAGGGUGAAUGCGAUUGCUUACAUACCAAACUCAGCAAUAUAUUCAGAAUCAGGUGACUUGAGUUUACCUUACAAAGGCAGUAUACUCAAGGGGCUGAAACCAGGGCAGCACAUCACAAUCAAGGGACAAGUCAGCAUGUACCCUCACAGUUUCACGGUGAAUCUUCGCAACAGCAGGACAGAGAACAUCGCUCUCCACCUGAACCCGCGCAUCAAGUCGGGCGUGUUCAUCAGGAACUCGUACCUGGGCGAGGCGUGGGGCUACGAGGAGAGGGAGCUGCCCUUCUUCCCCUUCUCCCCGGGGGAGUACUUUGAGAUCCUGAUGCUCUGCCAGCCCCACCAGUUCAAGCUGGCGGUCAACGGCUGCCACCUGCUAGAGUUCCGGCACCGGGUGCAAGACCUGAGCAGCAUCGACCAGCUGGAGAUCAUGGGAGACCUGGAGCUCAGCGACGUCAAGCUGUGGUGAACCCGGGCCCGAGCGAGACGACGGGCGAGGUCAAUGCAGCUCUUCUUUAGGAGGGUUCCCAGGGUAUGGUCGCUAGGUCAGGCCAGCCUAGUCCAGCAUAUCCCUUUGUUUUGGUCGCUGGUGCUGAAGACCGUCUCAGCAAUGACAGUGGAUGCUAAGAAAACAAGAGCGGUCUUGUGCUGAUUAACAUCAAGGCUAGAUGGGUCCGUUGGUGCCAACAUCUCACUGAUUUCAGGCGAAUCCAGCAUUUACUUACCACUGAUAAUGAGGAGCUCUAGGUUUAAACAUGAAUUUUAAGGCCAAUGUACGAGUCCCCUGCCUCUUCUUGAAGGAAAUUAAGUGCAUGAGCAAACUAGGGUCGGCCGGCUGCAAGCUCUUAUAUGAUGUACCACUACUGUUUACAGCUAACCGCUUCCUAGGUUCAUUUCUGUCUAUAAUAGUACUUAUACUGUAAUAUAACAAGUAACGAUUUGCUAUCCUCAUUAAAAUGUACAUCCUCAAUAACAUGAGCCACUAAUAAAAUGAAGGCUUCCUGAAAUGAGAUCUUGGUACUUGGGCAAAGGUUGCCGUACAUUAAUGUAUGUAAAGAAACAAAAAACACUCCAAUGUUCAACAUGAAACAGGUUAUUCCCACAUGAUGGUGAUGGCCUGAAGCACAGUGCAGGACUGCUUGAAAUAUUCCAACUCAGUUAAAUACAAACAAGAUUGUGCAACUUAUUAUGCGCUCUUUAGUUUUUAAAGUUAGCCUGCUACUUAUUUUUUUUAUUCCUUUUUUUUAUCCUUCUGGUGAAUCAAUGUGCUCCGGUCUCUGCCCACUUUUAUACUGCGCAGCGUUACCUAUUAUGUUGUCUAAUUGGAGGUAUUAUUUAACUAAUGUAUGCACUAUGAAAUUGUUUUAUUUCAAAUAAAUGUAUCACCAUCAUAUUA